AUGCUACUGCAGAGGACUUCCCCGGUUGGUUUCUCGCCUUGGUCCAGCCGUCAAAUCAACGCUCGUCCUCCGCUCUCAACCUCGCCUCCCAAAACCAAAAUCAAUCGGCCCAAGAUGGAGGAACGCCCUUUUUGGAAUUCUUGUACCCCGGACCUCUUCGCCGGCAUUGCGCUUACCCCGACAACCAAGGAGAUUGGAAACUACACCUCCGAAGCGGUCUCAAACACUCAACCCACCCUCCCCGACACUUCAAGAAUACACGGGACAACCUUCGAUGGGACGGAUAAUUCAGCAGCUAGUCGGGCCAUAGAAGAACUCUCAAGGAUACUAGAAGACAAAAGCAAGGAUGUUGACAAGGAUUUCGACAAGGCAUGGGUUCUUUACCUGGCUGCUGGAAAACCAUCGGCCGUUCGUUCCCCCUUAUGUCAAUACCUAUCAGCUUCCAACCACAGCUCGGAUUCGGACCGGGCUUGGCAACUCUUUGAAGAGAUUCCGCUCAAAGACCGCUCACCCAGUGAUUUUCACCGCAUUACUCAUUCCCAAGCACUAGUCGAAAAUUCUCCAAGACUCAUGGAAAUCGCCAAGCAAGCAGAGCUAUCUACAACGCAAGAAGCUGCCAACUCGUGUUUUCCUAAGAUCUUCGCAUACUUCUUCACAAGGAAACUGUGGAGUCCCGCCGUGGAAGUCUCGCGAAUAUGGGGUUCCCUCGAACACCCAGAGGAUAUUCAAAAGGCCCAAUUGUUAUUUUUACACGUUACAGACGUUACACUCGUUUCGAACUGCCUGGCUUUUGGACUUCAUCUUCGAUCAUCCAGACAAUAUGCUGACCAAAGAAGGCAUGAGCAUUUCUUUGACCUUGCAGAAGCGCUUCUGCAUCAAAUUUCACACUCCCCGACUCAGCCUGAACAUGCCUCGCUGGAUCACCUCCUCGAAAUGCUGAGAGUAUAUGGAGAUCUAUAUGUCCCUUUACUGAUGCAUUACAACAAGAUCAUCGAAACGCUUCAGUCGUCGCCAACUCGCUCCGGAUUUUCUCGAUCAAUAGUCUUUUAUCGCCAACUGCGUGUGGAAUGGCCUGAUCUCCGGCCUUCAUAUGGCCUGUUAAAUCGCCAGUUGAACUCUAUGAAAGCAUGGGGAAUGACUAGCGGUAUAUCAUAUUUCUUGGCCGAACUCGAACAUUUCUUUAAUCGGCCGGGCAUGGGUGCAUAUCUCGUGAGCAUGGACUGCUAUGCUCAUGCUGGUGACUUUUCACAGGCUGAAUCGGUCUUUAACCGGAUGCUGGCGGAUUACGGGAACCCUUCAGACUGUCGGCCAGUGCUACCACUAAUCGUUGCCCAUGCCAAGAUGGGCAAUGUGAAAGAAGCACGUCGACAAUUUGAACGAUUGACAAAUGAAUUUCAGCUCCAGCCAAAUAGCCACUGCUGGAAUGCGCUUAUCAAGGCGCAUGCUGCCAACAAUGAUUGGACUGGUGCACAGAAAACUUUCACUCAAAUGUUGCAUGCCGGCUUGCAGCCAGAUUCAUAUAGCUUUGGCACAUUGAUGGGAAUCACCGCAAAGAGAGGUGAUGUUAAUGGCACCCAUAGGCUCCUGGAAGAAGCACGUCAGCAUCGAGUAUUAAUCACAAUGCCAAUGCUUGAUACAGUCAUUCAAGCACACUGCACGAACGGGCAGUUGGAUUUCGCGGAACAGCUUGCAGAGGCGUGUUCCAACCUUCGAAUCCAAGGGAACCUCACCAGAAUUUGGAAUAUGAUCCUACUUCAGUAUGCGCGCAGGCUCAACGUCAAAGCUUGCUACCGGAUCAAGGCACGCAUGAAAGCGCUCAAUGUUCCGUGGGAUGGUUGGACGUAUUACGCAACGAUGCGUGGUCUUGUCCUGAUUGGCAGACCUGAGCGAGCACGAAAAUUGCUUCAAGACCUGCACCAAAAUCGUGAAAUGUAUGCUGAAGAGGCCCAUUACGCCCUCGUUCUAUCCGGAUUCGUUAAGCAACGCAACAGAGAUAUGGUGCACAUCAUUUUCAAAGAGAUUGUGGAGCGAUUUGGCAAAGCUGGGCCUAAGUCAAGCUUCUUGUAUCUCAAAUCCCAGGUCCAGCGUGAUUUGCGAAUCGCAAAAGAGACCGGUAUCACAAAUGAUGCUGACGUUCAUCUGGUGCACGCGGAAAAGGCUUUGGCCGAAUACCUGGCUAACUCUCAUGCCGCACCAUCAACUUUCAUGCCUGGCAACCAACUUGUCAAUAAACCUGUCAAUGAUGCUGAGGUGGCUUUUCAAUACGAAUACCUGAUCGAGCAAUACGGGAAACGUGGUGCGAUCAAUCGUGCCCUUGCACUAUACCAGGAAUUUGUGGAUAGCCGGGCUCCCGUAAACCCUGAGGAGCACGAGCCGAAACCGAUGCCAAUUCGAGUUCUCACUUCCAUGAUGUCUGCUCAUUUAAACGUGGCACAAUAUGAUGAAGCCGAGAAGCUGUGGAAAUUCGCGAUAUCUGAAGCUAUGGAACAAGCCAGUGAGGUUGUGGUUGACUUGUCGCCCAAAACUCCCUCAUCGAACAUUGAGGAGUCCCAUGCUACAAGUUCUCGGCGCUCUGACUUGCCGACCACCAAUGUUUCUGUCAUUCCCCAUGGUCGCAAGAUUAUAUCAGCACAGCGUUUUAUUCUUGCGAAACCCUUGUCUCUCUACAUGCGAGUCUUGGGCUACCAGAACCAGGCGAGAAGGAUCAGUGAGGUCGUGGCGGAUCUCGAGAAACUUGGCUUCGAAUUGACUACCUUCAAUUGGUCAAGCUGGGUACAAAUGCUGGCAUCCUCUGACUACUAUCCUGAUCAAGUCAAAGGUUUCCAAAUGUUCGAAGAGAAAUUCGCACCUCGUUUCCCUGGAUGGUCCAAGCUUUUACGCGGAUUUGGACACAAAUCACCCCAAAUGACAAAUUCUACUUGGAUGCUUGAAGAUCCUCGAACAGUGUCGUUCCGGGAUGUUGCCGGCAAGAACACACGAAAGCACUGGAUCGGUAUUGAACCAGAUCAUCUGCAACCGACUUAUCUCACCAUCGUUUUCCUCGCCGCCUCUCUCAACCGUAUCCGAGAUAAAACCAUCACUCAAGGCAAUCACGAACUCCAGAAGAUCAACACCGAUGCCCCUGAAACAGUCAAAUUGAUCGGUGAAAUGCCUUAUAAGCGCGACAAGAUCCAAGGCGUAUUGCUUCGACAUCGUUCGCAACAACCUGACAGCGAGGCGAAUCCAACCGAGCACAUCGUCAUGAGAGGUGGCGUUCUCGGCAAGACUACACGUCCCGGAAGUCGACCUAACAUCUUCAAAGAUGACGAGACAUUGGAGACGUGGCAGCGCAAGACUCCAAAUUAUCUAACCAAAGGGCCCAGGAACUCUAGCGAGACUGAAAGUCCAGCGGAUGACACCGUGUGGGUUGAUCGGGGGGUGGAUACCCAGUCGAAUCCGCUGUCAACCGCGGACGAAAUCGACACUGAGAACCACCUCCGCAAGGCUUCCACCACAGUCAAACAAAAGGACCAGAAACGACAGUCUCGAUUUGCCAGUGUCAUUGCUCGUGAAAAGAAGCGACGCGAAAUCACCAAGGAACGCCUCGAAAACCCGGUGAAUCAAAACCUAGUCGACUACAAGAUGUUCGAAGAGGAGGACCAAGCCGUUGACGAAGAGGAUGAGGCUCUUGAUGACCAGUACUGGGUUGAUGAAAAUGAGGACUUCCAGGCUUUCGUCGAAGAAGACAAGGUUGCUGACGAGGAGCAAGUGGAAGCAGAGCCCUACGAGGAACCUGGGCAGCAAGAGCAUUUCGAAGUUAGGCGCUCAGAUGAUAGAGAGCAGUCCGAAUCUGGAUCUGAAACCGAGUGCGCCAAGCAGGCCACACAAGAUCACAGCGAGAUUCCCGAUGAGAACAAAGCUCGCGAUUAG